AUGGAGAUUUCACAAUUUGCCCGUGCUGACUUACAAUGGUGGGCAGAUAACGUCAAAACUGCGUUUAAACCUGUCACACGUAAGGCCUAUGCUAUUAAUAUCACAACAGAUAGCUCUAGUUACGGCUGGGGUGCAGUUUUGGAAAAUGAAAGGACGAGGGAGAAAGUGAAAACUGGUGGUCAUUGGUCAUCUGAUGAUCAGGCUGACCACAUUAAUGUUCUUGAAUUCCAUGCUGCGUUUUUAGCCAUUCAGUGCUUCAACAAUCAUAUUUGUGGACAACAUGGUAGGUUAAACCUUGACAACAUGGUGGCCAUUGCUGUUGGGGUAGAAGUCCAAUCUGUGUUCCAGAUUAAGAAACAAUAUGACAACAUUAAACAGAGAGCUAAAGGUAAAUUAGAUGAACUGAAAAGGCCUAAGACAGGUGGUGGGCCAAUCCCCAAGGAGCCAUCAGUUUAUGAAAAAAUAUUCAUAGAGAGUCAUGAUGGGAGACCAAACAUAGUUGGGCUAGGAACCUGUCUGGACACAGAAGAUGAAAAGUUAGAAAGCAGUUUGACCAAGACAGUGGCCUUAACAUUACCAGAAGCAGAUACCAUUGCAGCAGAAGGCAGUGUUACAGUAACACUAACAGAUGCCAAAAGAGAAGAAAUCCGGAGAUUACGGAAGGAAAUUGAAGGAACUAAUUAUCAUCAUAGUUCCUCUACUCCUAAGACAGCCAAAUUUUCAAGUUUGAAGAGGAUGAAGAGAGCAAGACAUGAUGACCUUGAGGAAGAAUUGUUACAAUUGGAAAUAAAAAGAGUGAAAAUGGAGAUAGAACUGCUUGCCAUGAAGAAAGAGAAAACUAGAAUAAAGAUAGAAAAUGCCAAAGAACAGCAAGCUAUUAUCAAAAGCCAGUUUGAGACCAUUCAACUGUAUGAUCUUCAUCAAGUGUCUUAAAUCUUUUUCUUCAUGGCAACCGGUUCUAUUUUCAUUCAAAUUGCCCUUCGUCUGUGGUCUGGUAUUUAUUGUUUGUCUAUGUGCUCCUAAACAUUUUUGUCAUUUCUGUUUCUUCAGAUUUACUUGAUGGUUCAUAUUUAGAUAUUUUAUAUGUAGGGUCCUAUUGUUGCCUAGUUGUGCCCCUUUGAU